UAAAAGCUUUGUGAGGCAGAGUCUAUAAACAAAACACACUGUCCUCACCUGUCAUAACAAGAUUGAACUUUAUAGAAGCCUCACGACAAAAAACACAAAAUGAGGAGGUGGUUGCCACUUGAAGGAAGGUGGGUCGGUGAAAGCAGGAUGGCACAGACAGAGGCACAAGUCAACGUGUUACCCAGGAUCUCAGCAGCACAACGUAGAGAUGCUGUGUCCCUGGAUGAACUUGACUGCUUUAGGCGUCGUUUUGCAUUGAGAGAAGAGAAGCGCUACAACCCCAGUGACCCCACACUUAAGUUUGUGGAAACAGAGGAUGAAUUAGACUUUCUAUAUGAAGGGUUCAGGUCUCGUAGAGCUCUGAUGUCCUGUGGUCACGCUGUCACUCCCACAUCUCUCACUAAAUGGUGUAUGAAGCUACUUGAUGAGGGUAGAAGCGGGUUCGUGUGUGGACAAACUGGCUGUAACGUAGAAUGGUCUUAUGAGGAGGUUUGUAAAAUGGCUCUACUGACCCCUGAAGAAAAGAAGCUCUUUGAAAAAGCCAUGAGGACAAACUCUGGUUCAGAUCAGAGUGGUCACAGUGGUCUGAACCACCACAACGACGGCUUCCGCAUUCAUUCACUGCAUAUGCUGCAGACCUGCCCAGAAAUGAUGCUCAGCUCUGUGAAGUGUCCGUCCAUCAGAGCGUGUCCCACCUGUGGCAUCCUGCAGCAACAUUGCAAUGGGUGUAGAAAUGUUACCUGUCCUCGUUGUAACAAGUAUUUCUGCUUUGUGUGUCUCAGCGUGACAAGUGCCCAUCAGUGCAGUGCUGCUGCUUUAAGACAGACGUCUAUACCUGUGUGGCAGAAAAAAUAAUGUAAACCAGCACAUUAUGAGCAUUUGGACAUUUAAAACUUUAGUAAAUGUCUGAUAAUUUAGCCUCUGUCAUCUCCAGAAUGUCUUCAUUUUAAAACACAGGGUUACCUAAGAAAUUAAACAUUGUGCUGGUGAUAGAACAAAAACACUGUUUAAACUAGAAAUUGAUUAUUUUUCAAAUGCUAAACGGGUGCUACUACUCAUGUCAUAAUAAA